AUGCCAAAAAAACCAAUUACUAGCAAACGAGAAAGAGCAAGGAAUAAUGGUAAAGGAAUCGCUCCUUGUUGGGUAGCAUUCGAGCCGAUGUGGAUUAUAGAGGAUGAUGGUGUUGAAAGAAAAAGUGUGGAAUGUAUUCAUUGUAAAACAAUACUUAAAGCCGAUACGGACCGAAACGGGACAUCUAAUAUGAAAAAACAUUGGAGGAAUUGCAAGUUAAACCCAUACAACAAAGAAAAGCAUGAUAAAAAGCAAGCCAAAUUGAAUUUUAAGAAGGAGCCAAAUGGUGAGACUAGUUUACAAACAUGGAAACAUGAUGACGCUAGGAUCAAACGUAUAUUACUAGGCCUUUUUACCGUUGGUGAAAUACCAUUCAAGUAUGUUGAAAAUGAAGCAUUUUUUGAAUAUACUAACGCGCUUAACGGUAGGGUGAUCUUUCCUUCUAGACAUAAAAUUUACCGAGACGUAGGCAGGUUUUACUUAGAUGAGAGGAGUAAAUUGCUCAAGUAUUUUAAUAAUGAAAACACCGCUAUACACUUAACAACUGACACUUGGACAACCUCUUGUAAAAAGGUCAAUUACAUGGUUGUCACGACCCAUUUUAUUGAUGACAAGUGGGUCAUGCACAAGAGAGUCAUCAAUUUUAGGUAG